CCGCGCAUGGGUCGCAGCCGCCGGGCCUUCCUCACCCGCCUGGCGCUGUCCAAAGGCUUCCGUGUCCUGCACGCCUACAGGGCCAGAAGUGUUCUGUGGCAUCGCUGAAACUCAAGCUCAGGAUGUCAGCAGUACAGGAAGGGAUUCCGGCGGAUGCCCCGUGAGAGAAUAGUCUUGAGAUGGGAGAGCCAGUGAGCUCCUGCAGUGUACAGUAUCUUUUGCUCUGCGAAGGAGAGGAGAUCCACCUUGCCUAAGGCGUGCGGCAAGUUCUGCAGAGCGUGGUUCUCACGGAAUCAGCUUCCCGUGCUUAACCCCAGAGCUGAGAUGAAGACCACGCCCCUCCGAGGUGGAGAAUGGGACAGACAAAAUAGCGCCCACCCGUCAGGCUGUCGGUGCGAGUAUACCUGGGGCAGAAAAUCAGUUUUGUUUUCCCAGAACUGGAGAUUGAACCUGGCUUUUUAAAAUUUGAGACAGGGUCUGAGUUGCCCAGGCUGGACUCAAACUCUCAGUCCUCCUUACUCAGGUGAGGGUUAGGGUUAGACGUGGUAGUGCCUGGCAGAGUCACAGUUCUGACAAUGAUAAACACGUUCAUCCGCUAGCAGGAGGGGCCGGGCUCUCUACAGGAGGCAACAAAUUUAAAAACGAAAGGUCACCAUGCAGGGCAAGGCGAGGACAAAGACAGGUGUGGAGCUGAACAGGUGGGGCCGCAGGCUUCACCCUCUUCCUCUCCUUUUGCCAGCUCUGAAGUGACACACGUGGUGAUGGAGCGGACCUCAGCGGAGGAGGCUGUCUGCUGGCGGGAGCAGGAGGCUGCUCCUCCCCCUGGGUGCCCCGGGCCAGCUCUGCUGGACAUCAGCUGGUUCACAGAGAGCAUGGCCACUGGGCAGCCUGUGCCUGUGGAGGGCCGACACCGCCUGGAGGUGGCUGAGCCCAGGAAAGGGCCUUCAAACCCAGCAGCAGCAGCAGCACCGAUGCCAGCCUAUGCCUGCCAGCGUUCCACACCCCUCGUGCACCCCAAUAGCAGCCUCUCGGAGGCUCUGGAGACACUGGCAGAGGCAGCAGGCUUCGAAGGCAGCGAGGGUCGCCUCCUCUCCUUCCAAAGAGCAGCCUCGGUGCUCAAGGCCCUGCCGUGGCCUGUCACGGCCCUGAGCCAGCUGCAGGGCCUGCCGCACUUCGGAGAACAUUCCUCUAGUGUCAUCCAGGAGCUGCUGGAGCGAGGAGUGUGUGAGGAGGUGGAGAGGGUUCGCCGCUCUGAGAGGUACCAGACCAUGAAGCUCUUCACCCAGAUCUUUGGGGUUGGGGUGAAGACCGCCACCCGGUGGUACCAAGAAGGGCUCCGUACCCUGGAUGAGCUCCGAGAGCAGCCUCAGAGACUGACCCGGCAGCAGCGGGCAGGGCUCCAGCACUACCUGGACCUGUGCACCCCUGUGGCCCGGCCGGAUGCUGAGGCCCUGCAACAGCUAGUGGAGGCCACCGUGGGACAGGCCCUACCUGGGGCCACUGUCACGCUGACAGGUGGCUUCCGGAGGGGGAAGCCGCAGGGCCACGAUGUGGACUUGCUCAUCACGCAUCCAGAGGAGGGCCGGGAGGUGGGGCUGCUGCCCCGGGUGAUGUGCCAGCUGCAGAGCCAGGGCCUCGUCCUGUACCACCAGUACCAGCCCAGCCACUUGGGGGACCUCGGCCGCCUGGCACGGCAGAGCCACACCAUGGACGCCUUCGAGCGGAGUCUCUGCAUCCUCCGCCUGCCACAACCCUUGGGGGCAGCAGAGCGGGUGGACACCGAGCCCUGGCCUGACUGGAAAGCUGUCAGGGCAGACCUGGUGGUUGCCCCUUGGAGCCAGUUCCCUUUCGCCUUGCUCGGCUGGACUGGCUCGCAGCUUUUUGAGCGGGAGCUCCGCCGAUUCAGCCGGAAGGAGAAGGGGCUGUGUCUGAACAGCCACGGGCUAUUCGACCCGGAGCAGAAGACCUGUUUCCAUGUGGCUUCCGAGGAGGACAUCUUCAGACACCUGGGUCUUGCAUACCUGCCCCCGGAGCAGAGGAAUGCCUGAGCCCUCACUGCCGCUGCCCUCCUUGGAUGCUUGAACCCUUGACCAUUGAAUGUGUUCCCAGAUGUGCUGCCGUCCUGGGCUCACUUCAGGGCUCUGUGGGACCCUGAAUUGGCUCUCACCCUCUGCACUCCCCAAGUUCCUGUCUCGUCCAGAAAUCCGAGCCCCAUAACUUGACGGUUGUAGUGGGGCCUGCGGCAUCAGCCAAGGUGCGAUGUCUGUGUGUUCUGAGGGUGCCCUGCUCAGAAGGGCCCAGGAAAGCCUUGGGUCCCCUGAUACAGCCAAGAGGUGGCAGCUUCCAGGGGUCCGCUAAAGGGUGCAGGGAUCUGCAGAGGGCCCAGAUCUGGAGAACAUAAGCUCCCCAGGCAUGCUGCUUCUGCCUCAGGCCUGUCCUCCAAGUUCGUAAAAACAGGCCCUGCACUCCCCACUCAGCCCUGCAGCAGUGCCCAGCCUCAGCGUGUGGGGACCUGGUGUCCUGCCUCCUGCCAGCCAUCCACGCACCCCUCUCACGCCCCUGGCCCAGCUGCCACCCGUCUCAAGGUUUCCUGCAGGCGCCUACCCCUGUCCUGCUCUCUGAGCCACUAUGUUCACCAGCACAUUGCCUCAGGGGCCCGCCUUUGCCACAUGGUCCACCACCACUGUCCCUACCUUCUUUGGGUCCUGAGGUCACCUUGUCAGGUGAGGGCUUCCAAGGCCACUCACCCCAAGAAAAAGUAUUUUGAGAAUUAAAUGCAGUAAAACAAACC